GUGGAAGUCAAUAUUACUCUCCCUUCGUCGCGGCCAUGGACUACCUCCGCAGUGCGGCAUCAGCCGUCCUUGCAAAGUCGACGAGCCCAUUGCAGCACUACAUCAUUGGUCCACCAGUCCAGGCGCCAUCCUCGUCAUCUCGUACCAUCUGGCAGCUCCACACGGGCACAAAGAAGGACGACGGUUCGCCCUGCUCCGUCUUUGUAUUCGACGUCAACUCAGAUCAUAACAGUGGCAGGAGCAAGCUCACUUUAGCUCGAAAUGCUCUUAAGAAGCUGCGUACUUUGCGUCACCCAGAUGUCCUCAAGCUCCUCGACUCAGCAGAGACGCCCACGGCAGUCUACAUCGCCGUCGAGCCCAUUCGUCACCUGCAGCCCGUCCUUGACGACUGGAUCAGAAAUGGCGGGACAGAUGAGGGCAAACAAGAGUGGAUCUCGUGGGGCCUAUCUCGUGUAGCAAAUGCCCUCAAGUUCAUCAAUGCCGAUGCAGGCUCAGUCCACGGAAACGUCAGGCCAGAGACCGUCUUUUUGUCCCAGGCGGGCGAGUGGAGACUGGGAGGAUUUGAGCUCCUCACAGCGAAGGCAGAUGUAGAAGGGGUCAUCUGGAGCAUGGGUGGCCUCGUGCCAGACGGUUCGGCUUUCGUCUCACCAGAAGUCCGUCAAGGAGGCUGGACAGUCUUACGAGAUCAAGAGCCAUCGGCCCUCGACUCCUACUCCUUUUCUCUACUAGCAUUCGCAGCAUUCAAUGGCCUCGUUCCCGGCGCAGGGACAUCGAUGCCACCGCAGGGGUCGGUCCCACCGCCCCUCUUUGCAGCAUUGCGCCGCAUGAUGGCCCCCAACCCAAAGAGCAGGAUGCCAAUCGCAGCCCUCGUCGAAUCGGCCAGUGCACAGGGUGGCUUUUGGAAGGAGAAUCGCCUUACGCGCCUCAGUGAAAGCUUCGAGAAUUUCAUGCUGGCGACCGAGAGGGAGCGCAGCGAGGCCAUUCGCUCCUUGCAGUCAUCUUCGUCCUCUCUGCCCGUCGACUUCCUCUCGCAUCGCAUCCUACCCUCCCUCGUUCACGCCCUCAAUCUCUCCUCCCAACCCUCCACCAACCCAAACGGCUCAACUCUGUCCAACUCCGUACACCCAGCCUCCAUCUUACCCCUCGUCCUACAAUUAGGCGCUUCGCUGCCGGCAAGCGAAUGGACAAUCUCCGUCCUGCCACCGAUCCUCAAUGCCUACAAGUCACCAGAUCGCUCCGUUCGCAUCCUGCUAUUGGACAGCCUUACGACGUACAUCGACCGCAUAGACGCAAAGAAGGUUUCGGACGCCAUCUGGCCCAACGUCAUCACGGGAUUUGCAGACUCGAGUGCAGCGAUUCGAGAGGGUACGCUCAAGGCUAUUCUGCCCCUCGCUCCUAAGCUCACGGAUCGCAUUCGCAACAACGACUUGCUGCGUCAGCUCGCAAAGACGCAGGUAGACGUCGAGGCACCGAUCCGUACCAAUACGACGAUUCUCCUCGGCCGCCUAGCCCCUUCGCUCAACAUCACGACGAGGAAGAGCGUCCUAAUCCCGGCAUUCUCUCGCUCUCUCAAGGACCCCUUUGUUCACGCUCGCGUGGCCGGUCUGAUGGCAUUGAUGGCCACAUCCGAGUCGUAUGACAAGGACGACCUGGCACGAGGUGUCUUACCCGCCGUCUGCCCUGCUCUGGUCGACAAGGAGAAGCUGGUGCGUGACCAAGCAGAGAGAGCGAUGGAAAUGUUCUGGGAGCGGAUCAGGGAGGAGGUCAAAGCCAUGCCGGAGAGCGUACUGCCGCCGCCCACUGCAGAGGCAGAUGGAGGCUUUGCGAGCAACGUGAAUGGUGCAACGAGCUUUGAAGGUGGGGCGCCAAAGGGAUCGGGUCCUCGAGGCUUGGCGAGCACGGCUGGUGGAGCGGCGAGUACGCUUGCCGGCUGGGCGAUGAGUGGGGCUAUGAACUACUUUGGCGAUGCGCCCGUCGGGGCAGUCGGAGGCGGUGGUACCCUCGACUCGAAGCGUCCGACUCUCUUGACCGGCCAAUCGACAUCCAGCGGUGCAUCGACGCCCAUGCGAGAGACCCCGUCUCGGUCACAGUCUGCCAGCCCGGCCAAUACGGCAGCUGCAGCAGCUGCGCUCCCCUCGUCGUUCAAUCUCAUCGACAUGGACGACGAUGCAGACGACUGGACAUCCUUUGCAUCCGGGCCGAGCGGCAGCAGCAGCGCAAAGAAAGCGCCGCCUCCCGUCGUCCGCAAGGGGAUGCCUGGCCGUAAGACAAGCGCGCUGGGCGCUUCAUCGACGCCCCGCGAGAUGAGCAGUACAGGGGCGGAGCGAUUGAAGAUGGCCCAACCGGUAGCAGCUGGCGAUGAUGCAGCAUGGGGAGACGACUCGUGGUCAACAGCGCCACCGACGACGAGCAAAGCAGCCGUUGCAGCCUUUGCGACUCCUGUUCCCUCGUGGGACCCUCCUAGGCCGGAAGUCACAUCUGCCAUGAAGCAGGUUCCGGCGGCGGCACCGUCUUGGUCGAAUGACUUCCCUGACUAUGAUGACGACGCUGCAACAAAAGUCGCAAUGCCUGCAGCAUCGACUGACAGCGGCGUGCCGCUCAGCAAAGAAGAGAAGCGCGCCCAGAUGGAGAAGCAGCGCGAGGAGCGUCGAGAGCGUAUGCGCAAGCUCAAGGCUAGCAAGGGGCAGAAGUUGGGUGACUCGUUGGCAUAGCGCAGCCUAAAGUAGACCUUACUGCGCAACUUGGACCCCGCUGCUCGCUGCUUUGCCUGACUAUUCUAUACCAUAUCACAUUCGUUGUUUCGCUGUGGCUGAGCUGCGAGAUCGGACCGUAGCGCCGAAGUCUUGAUGCGUUCGGCCACUUUUGCGGACUGCCAAGCUGCGAGGCGAUGCAAGGUCGGCGAGAUGGGCAGGCGUGACGCCCCGCUCGCACAGCCCGCCCCCGUCUCUGUCGAGAGGCAUCGGUCUG